GUUUUUACGUGUUAGAACCCAUGCGUCCCAGAGUCCACAGUUUCAAGUAUGUGACUGAAUCGAUGUAGGCUAUGGAUUCCUUUCUCAUCUGUUCUUUCAAGUUAUCUUUUAAGGCACUGCCUAUGUACUGGCCCAUACUUCCGGUUCCAGACUGUAUGGCUAUGUUCUGUGUUGCAGGUUAUCACAUCCUGGCAUGUUAAGCUAAACUAAUUCAGUUGAACUGAGAAGCACUUCAUCAGCAUGCCUUUCCUGCAUGGAUUCCGCAGAAUCAUCUUUGAGUAUCAGCCACUUGUAGAUGAAAUUGUUGGUGUUCUUAGAAUAGAUGAUCCUGAAAAAUGGAAGACAAAGCUGGAAGAGAGGAGCUGUACCACACCUGCAGCACUUGUUGAACUGCUAAAACGAGAAGCUAAAUCGCCAUUUUAUGAAGAAGCCGUCAGUUGCUCCCUUUUAAAAGCUGCAGAAUUUGGAAUGGUACACGAGGCUGAAAUUUUACUCCAGUAUGGAGCUGAUCUUAACUUUGAAGAUCCUGUUACUUAUUACACUGCCCUUCACAUAGCUGUUUUACGAAACCAGCCAUACAUGGUGGAACUGCUGGUACAGCAUGGAGCAGAUAUUAAUAAAAGAGACAGGAUUCAUGAAAGCAGUCCCCUUGACUUGGCAAGUGAGGAGCUAGAACGUGUCCCUUGUUUGUUGCUCCUACUGGACCUGGGAGCAGACGUGAAUGCUGCUGAUAAAAACGGGAAAACAGCUUUACUUCAUGCACUUGCCAGUAGCGAUGGGGUACAAAUACACAACAUAGAAAACAUAAAGCUUCUGCUUGAGAGAGGAGCAGAUGUGAAAAGUGUAACCAAAGAUGGUGACACAGUCUUUACAUUCAUAAUCUUCUUGUUGGGUGAGAUGACUGGAGGUGACAAGGAAGAAGCCAGGAUGAUAGACUACUUUUGCACGAAAGUGACACAGUUGCUGCUGGCUCAUGGAGCUGACCCCAGUGAGUGUCCGACUCAUGAGUGCCUUACCUACCUCUGUUUUAAGAAGUUUAAGUUGCACUUCCAGUUGCUACUGCUGCUUCUAGAAUCAGGAGCCCUGUAUCAUUGCUCUCAACAUGGUCCUUCUUGUUGGUCUGGCUUCCAUAUUUUAUUUGAGAGACUGUGUGCAUACCUAAACAACGCAGAGAAAAAGAGUUUAUGGGCGGACAUUUUAGAGAAAGCAGAAACUGUUCUUGAAGUAAUGCUAGCCAGUACAGCUAGGAUACAGCUACCACCAAGCUUUGAGAUAAGCCCGACAGCCUGUAGAUUCCAUGGAGAUAAGAUUAUGGCUCUUUAUAAGCCUAUAAAGCAGCUGCAGCAUUCUCCUGCAACACUAAAACAUCUUAGCAAGGUAUAUAUAAGGCAGCAUCUGAGGCCGUGGCCGUUGGAAGGAAAAAUCAAGCAUUUGCCUCUUCCCGACAUACUUAAGUGGUACCUAAUGAUAAAAUGGAGUGGCAGCAACGAGUGUGGUGGUUUAUAGCUCGUACUAUAUAAUGGUGUUAAACUGAAGUGUUCAGGCCUCAUCUCCCCUUAACUGUAGUCAAUAAUCAAACUACCCUGCUUUCUUAAGUGGUGACUGAUAAAUAAUUCCUGAUGACAGCAAAGGAAAGGGUAUUUUAACAUUUUGGAAGUACUGUUUCAUACUGUAAGUUGUAGAAAUGAUUUCAUUCAGAAGAAAUUCUGUUCGGCAUCUGUCAUUAUAAAGGGGAAAAAAGUCACUAUAGGAUAUCUGUAUCAAAGCUCAGAAUAAAGUGAGCAGUCUAAUGAGAUGGACGGCUUGGACUUUUUAAGUAAAUUGUAAAGAUUUCUUAUUUCUUUUUGAAAAUACAAGGCUUCAUGCUGAAGUGUAACACUUGUAAUUUUUUUUGUUACACUAAGUGGAAGUCACCUUCAGAGAAAACAAACUGGAGUGAUUCAUAGAGAAGUCGAAAUGUUACAUCUUUAUAGGUCAGUUUACAAGAUUCAUGCCAGUAGCAGAAACAGUAAUAGAGUAUUUUUACAUUCCUUUUAGCAUUAGUAAUUCAUGUUGGCUGUUGCAUAAGGUCAGACUGUCUUCUUGCAGUUAUCUUUGUGUAUGUUUAAACAGUACAAAAUGGCUCCAGGAUCUUACAUAACAUUUCCAGGCUUUAAAUGUUAAGAGCAGGGAAAGCAUUUGUGUUCAACCUUUCUAUGCACAGAUUUUUUUUUCAGCUUAAAACUGCAUUCUGAAUUGUUCUCAUAAGCAUUUUGCUUAAUAAAAGCUUCUCUUAAUUUUCCUGGCA